AUGACUUCGCCUCGUGAAGAUUCCGUGUACCUUGCCAAGCUUGCUGAACAGGCCGAGCGCUAUGAAGAAAUGGUAGAGAACAUGAAGCGCGUUGCUUCCUCUAACCAGGAGCUUACCGUUGAGGAGCGCAACCUGCUCUCUGUCGCGUACAAGAACGUGAUCGGGGCACGACGCGCGUCCUGGCGUAUCGUCUCCUCCAUUGAGCAGAAGGAGGAGUCGAAGGGCAACGAGGCCCACGUUUCUAUGAUUAAGGCUUAUCGUGAAAAGAUUGAGUCUGAGUUGGCGCAGAUCUGCGAGGACAUUUUGAAGGUCUUGGACACUCACCUUAUCCCGUCUGCCACCUCGGGUGAGAGUAAGGUGUUCUACCACAAGAUGAAGGGCGACUACCACCGCUACCUUGCUGAGUUUGCCACUGGCGACAAGCGUAAGGACUCUGCCGACAAAUCGCUCGAGUCUUACAAGGCUGCCUCUGACGUCGCUGUCACUGAGCUGCCUCCUACCCAUCCUAUCCGUCUCGGUCUUGCCUUGAACUUUUCCGUGUUUUACUACGAGAUUUUGAAUUCGCCUGACCGUGCCUGCCACCUGGCUAAGCAGGCCUUUGAUGAUGCUAUCGCUGAGUUGGAUACCCUGUCGGAGGAGAGCUACAAGGACUCUACUCUGAUUAUGCAACUCUUGCGCGACAAUCUCACUCUGUGGACAAGCGACAUGCAGGAUACGGAGAAGCCCGUCGAGGGCAGCAACAACGCCGAGGCUGCGCAGGCUGCUCAGACCGGCGCACCUGGUGCCGAGAACAAAGGCGAGGAGGCCGCCUAG